UCUUCAUUGUUGCUGUUUUACAAUUGCCCAGCUCCGGAGUGUCCUGAUCAAUAGAGGGUCAGGGCUGUGCUCUGUAGUUUCCUACAAUUACUUGUGCUUUUUCAGUACAGCACCUAAGGACAUUGAGAUACUUAUGAACAUCAAUCUAUUGACUGCCUUCAAUCCCUUCAACUCCUGAACAAAAAGUCAAAGCCAAGUGUACCGGGUGGGGAGAAGGGUAUAUUUAUGUUUUCCUUUUGUUUUACUUGUUGAAAGUAAACGUUACCCUUCUCUUCAUGGUGUAUACUUCAUGGUAUAUAACCUUGGUUUUUUUGUGUUUUUUUAAACCAUGGAUUUUGUGUAACAUACCGAAUUCUAGUUUGGAGAAGAAAACACCUCUUAGUUGUGUGACCCUGGGCAAAUCGUUUAAGUUCUUUGUUUCUCGGUUUCUGCAUCGGAAAAUAAGGCUAAUAACAGUAUGUAUCUCAUAGUUUUAGGAUAAUUGAAUAAGUUUAUAUGAAAAGCAUUUAAAACAGUUCCUGGCAAAUAGCAUACACCAUAAAAAUAUUCACUAAAUAAGAUACAAAGAAACAUGUCACUGUGGGAGACCCAGGAAGAACCAGGAAAUUCCAAGUUUGUUAUCAAAGCUCUUCACUCACAGGGCUUUAAUCCAGAUGCCCUCGUUAACUCCUACUUCUGCUUUUCCCAGUGUCACCAGGGAGUGAGUAGAAAUAAAGCUCCUAUCCAACCUCUUGGGAUUGUCCCCUCCCCUGGAAGGCCCAUAAUCUCCUUGCAUGUCAGCCUCUUCUCCUCAGAAGUGAUUAAGGGGCCAGGCUCCAAAGCAGAUUAAAGGAACAGUCUGUGGGGUGCUCUGGGCAGGGGUACUCUACUGAGUUCAACCACCCUGCACUUCAAGAGUCAGCACCCAUGGCCCUUGUGCCAGGGAGCAGCGAGGAUGGGCCUUGGCCUAGAGAUAGCCCAGGCUCCUCCCAGCAACCAGAAAGUCCUAGACUGACCAACCCUCUCUGGGAGGACAGAGGAGAAAUUGGCCAGGUUGAAGGUCACCAGGAUGUUCAGGUUGUCUGUCAGAAGACCCGCUUCCCCUCCAUCGUGGUGGAAGCCUCUGAGGCUGAGGCGAGUGAAGAGAGUGGGGAGCUCCGGUGGCCACACGAGGAGCUGCAGCUGCUCACUGAUGAGGAAGAGGAGGUUGAGGUCUUCUUCCAGGACCAAAGUGAAGAACCAGGCUGGACUUGGAGCUCACUGGACCCCAAAUCUCCCAUAAGAACCUUUAACCCAGUACUCAGCUGGGGGCAGGAACAGGUAGAUCAAGAUGCCUCCUGGAUUCCAGAGGAGACAGACUGUCAGGAAGCCCCCAAUCCCUGUCCUCUCUGGGACUCCGCCUCAGGUUCCCGUGCCUGCAGAAGCUGCUUUGUGGAAUAUUCCCAUUUCCUGCCUCCCAGGAGCUUUGAGGGUAAGUAUCACCCUCCUCAAACAUUUUACCUAGGUUUAUGAAGCCCUUCUACCUAUCCUUUCACAAUCUUCCCCUU